AACAUCAUACAAAUGCACAACCGGCUAAAUUUUGAAGCAGUGUAGCUGUUCUUUUCUAAUUGUUUUCUUUUUUGUGCUUUUAUAAUGUCUGACGAGGAAGAGGACUACAUGUCUGAUGCAUUUCUUAGUAAAAUUCAAGAUGUAAAGCCCGGUGUCAGCAUGGUGAGACGGGUAAAAGAAGCAAUGAAAAAGGAGGCACAGCAAAAGGAAAAGAACAUCAAGAACCGCCAGAAGACCUACAAGGAGCAGGAGAAGGAAAGCCGAGAAACAGCUUUGCAGAGCUCCAUCAGCAAUGAGAACAAGGGAUUUGCACUUCUGCAGAAAAUGGGUUACAAAGCUGGUCAAGGCCUCGGCAAAGAGGGAGCCGGGAGGGUUGAUCCAAUUCCACUUAAUAUCAAAACAGACAGAGGGGGCAUUGGCAUGGAAGAGGCAAAGAAAAGAAAAGCUGAGGAAGAACUGGAACAUUAUAGGCAAAAAGUGCGAGCCAAACAACAGAAUGAGACCAAAUCCCUAGAAGAUUUUAGGUCAAGAGUAAGGACAGAGAGAGAGGAACGAAAGAUUGAAGGCGACCUCAGGAGGAGUCAACGAUCUUGUGAGCAGCUUGACAGUCAGAAGGGCAUAACAGUACCUCGAGAAGACUGGUACUGGCCUAAAGCAGAUGCCGAUGAUGAGAAGGAUGGUCUUAAAGACGAGGAGGAGGAGGAGGAGGAGGAGGAAGAAGAAGAGGAGAUCGUGGAACUAACUUCCUUUGAUAAACUGCAAAUAUUGACAUCGUAUUUGAGAGGAGUCCAUUUUUACUGCAUAUGGUGUGGGACCACCUAUAAUGAUGAGGAAGAUUUGUGCUCAAACUGUCCCGGGGAUACAGCAGCAGACCAUGAUUAAACUUGAGGGAAAAACAAAAACAAAUUUUGUGCAGUAGUUCCCAGUGAAAAAGCAGCUGCAAAUGUUGGAGACAAGGCAAAAAAGUGAUUAUAAUUAAGAUUUAUUUAUCAUCACAUUUGAAUCUGCUGUCCAUUGCUAGAAGGACUGUGUCUGUUGAGUUUUUCUUUACAUUUGUGGGCAUGUUGUGGGGAGUUUAAGAUACAUUUUAAUAGUUAUUUUUCGAAAAGAUGUCCUAAAAUUUUGUGAAAUGUUUCAAGAGCAAUUGUGUACCUGUGUUUUCAUUAAAUGUUUUAUGAAGCCUAUCUUUUUACCUUUAUUUUAUUUUAGUAAUUUAAAUUCAAUAAUUUACUUUGGGUUUGAUUUAGUUGGGAGUGUUAUUAUACUUGCUUUGUGUAUUUGAGGUGCUUAGUUGGAAUUUAUAUUGGUUUCAUUUUUUUUUCUUAUCAACAAUGCAAUAUUCUGGAUCUUGAAUGAUGGUCAUACUGUUAGGCCGAAAAGUACAAUUUUGAUUUCCAGUAAAUUAUUAUUUGACCAAUAGGUUUCUUCUGGCUGAAUGACAUAAACGAGAAAAUGUGGUGAGACAGUGUGAUAGAGAGGUUUAUCCUGGACAUAGCUGAAAUUGUCUCUCGUUUUUUAAAUAAUGCAAGCUUUUAUACUUUUCCAAAUGGUCUUUUGGUCAUUUUAACCUUUGUUCAAGUGCGUUUUUUUACAUCAUGAACUGAGAACAGUUAGUGAGCAUUGGUGCUGCUCACGAGACUGAGAAAGGUUGCAAAUCUGAUUCCAAGUGUUUUCAAGGGACAGUGGCCCCAGUGCAAAGCGUCAUCAAAAAGUACAAGGAGUUGCAAACUCUGAAAAAUUUCUGAGGGUGUGCUGGGAACCUAAAAAUGACCCCUGCACUGCCAAGAAUGAUAGUGUGAGGGGCUAAGAAGAAUCCAAGGAUCAACACUGAGACCAUCCUGAUAAAUUUGAACAAUUCUGGUACCAACAUUUCAAGGCAAGUCCUUCAGCAGACACUGAGCAAGGUUGGUCUUCAUGGAUGAAGGACUCCAAACAACACAAAAAGCUCACCUGGACAAAGAGGAAAGCUUUUUGUCAUCAGUUUUGUGGUCAGUUGAAACAAAAAUUGAGUUGUUUGGACAGAGGGAUGAGGCUUAAGUUUUGUGAAAGAAAAGAAGCAAUAAACUGGAAGAACACUAUGCCCACGAUUGUGCUUUGGUGAAUUCACUUGUGUAUUAAAUGUGCGAUAUAAAAACUUUGUCUUGACUUGUAUAUGUUGUUGUUUGUGAUCUUAUUAAUUUUUAAAUUUAGCUUUUAUUGUUUGCCUAACUUUGACAUUCGUUUUAUUUAAAAGAUGCGAUAAAAAUAAAGUUCUUCUUCUUCUUCUUCU